AUGGCUUCAGUGGAGAGCGUGCUGCAGGAUUCCCUCAAUCUCCCAUUUCCGGCCCCCACAAAGCAAGUGGCGGGACUGGUGGAUGGGGUCAAAACUGAUGUCAUGGUCAUGAACUUCAGCGAUAAGAUCAUGGUUACCAUCUCCCAGGAGGGCCGACUUGCACAUUGGCUACACGUACCACUCGGGAACCCAAAUCCCGGGACUGACGGCAUGCAUACAUUUUCCGAGGGCGCAGACGACGGUCUUUUACCCCUCAGUGCAUUGACAGCAACAUCUCUACUCGGAGGUCAUGCGCCAGGCCAAGAUACCAUCGGCCAACUCUUAGCCCGUCAAAUUGGGACUGCUAUCGCCACUAAAUCGCCCGCCGAGCAGCGUUUGCUCGUUGUUGGCUUAGGACUGGGCAAGACGGGCUCCGAUCGUGAUUCCUUCUUUGCAAUCAUCGACCUUGUCCUGCAAUGCAUAUGA